AUGGCGGGCUUCCUUCUGUUCUGCCGCGUCGGCGCCGUCCUGAUGAUCAUUCCGGGCUUUUCGAGCGCCCGCGUGGCGGUUCGGAUCCGCCUCCUUGCCGCCGUCGCGCUGACGGUGGCGCUGUUCCCGCUGAUGGCGGGCGAUCUUCUGGGGCGGGUCGAUCCCGACAGUCUCGACAAUGUCUCCCGCGCCAUUGUCUCCGAACUGAUGAUCGGCGCGGCCAUCGGCCUCGUCGCGCGCAUCUACAUUCUGGCGCUCGAAUUCGUCAUGUCGGCGGUCGCCAUGUCGGUCGGCUAUGGCGGCAUGCUCGGCCCCAACAUCGAGGGGCAGGAACCGCAGGCCGCUUUGACGACGCUGGUCUCGUUCACCGCGCUCCUGAUCCUGUUUGCCGCCGACUUCCACCACAUCGUCCUGCGCGCGGCGCUCGCCUCCUACGACAUCUUCCCGGCGGGAAGCUUUCCCGACCCCGCGGUGCUGCUGGCCGAUCUGGUCGACACGCUGGCGGUGACAUUCUCGAUCGCGCUGCGGCUGGGAAGCCCGUUCAUCGGCUUUGCGAUCAUCGCCAACAUGCUGGUCGGCGCGCUCAACAAGCUCGCGGUACAGAUCCCGAUCUAUUUCGUCGCGCUGCCCGCCAUGCUGCUGGGCGCGCUGGCAAUGCUCUAUUUCAACCUGCCAUUCAUUCUCAGCGUCUUUGGCGGCAAUUUCGCCGCGCUCUACACGGGCAACUGA